UUCGUCUUUUCCGUGUUGGAAAUGAAAAAAUCUUGCGGUGUUAACCGAGUGAUUGGAUCUAGGAAGAAUAGGUACACCUUUUUCUGCAUUUCCAGUACCAAUGGGAGUAGUCUCUUGGUGGUUCAACGGCGGAGACUCUGAACUAGUGCUAGUAUUCCUAGGAUAAACUUCUAAGGCUCACACGUCCGGGACUUAUUUAUUUCUUGCCGGCACUCUUUUGAAUGAAGAAUAACCAAAUGAGCUCCUGAAAAGCCAAACAAGUUUCAUAAUAAUCAAGGUUAAAGAAGGAAUAUCCAUGCCUCAACCAAGCAAGGACACUGUUGAUCAUACAAAGAUGGUGUUCAACUUUGACAAUGCAUUGCCUGGUGUUAACGUCAAGGAUGGCGGAUUGCUUACAACUAUGACCGCGGAUAAACUUCCUUUGCUCGGAAAAGUUGGACUUGGUGCCAAUGUGGUGAAGUUGGAUGCUAAUGCCAUGUCCUCACCAAUGUACACUAUUGAUUCAUCAGUCCAAUUGACUUACAUUGUGAAAGGAAGUGGAAGAGUUCAAGUUGUGGCCCUUGUGGGUAUUGCCGGGAAACGAGUAUUGGAUGCAGAAGUUCAGACUAGUCAUUUGUUCGUCGUGCCCAAAAUUUUCGUACUCACUGAAAUCGGAGAUGGAGAAGGAAUGGAAAUUUUCUCUGUUGUGACGUCUCCACGGCAAGCACCAUUUUCAUUGCCAUUCACACACUUGAGCCUAAGAAUACUAAUUUUACUAUUUGUAUGUAUGUAUAUCUCUUUCUUUGCAGGCUUGUAUCUGAACAGUUCGCUGGGAAUACAUCAGUUUCGAAAGCUUUGAGCUAGUUUGAUUUUCUA